GUGGUCACUCCCUCAACAGCACAAGUGACGGAGGGCCUAGAUGACCAGCAGACCCUCAGAAGAGGCCAGAGUUGCCAGCAUCCCCACACAUGGCGACGGCAGAUCCACAGACAGCCUCACAGAGGGGUCUGCAAAUCAGGUCCCCCUCCCUGCAGAGGCCCCUGUGGCUGACGGUGCUGGAGCAUCCCCUGAACAGCAUGAUGUAGAUCGGGCCUCCAUUGAGUCAUUGACCUCCAAACCCACAUCAGCAUCUGGGGAUGAGGACAAGCCUGAAGCUGCUGGAACGCACAGCCAGGAGCCCAGGGAAGGCUCAAGCAGUCUGCCAGUGUCCACGGUCCCCCAGGACCCAGCAUGUGAUGACCUGGGGCAAGAUUUGAGUGUAACUCAGAGUCUUCAGAGCUCCCAAUGGGACUCCCUGAUGGAAGAAGAGACCCCACAAAUGGCAGGUGUCCCCAGCGGAGAACAAGAAUUAGCUUCAGUCGCCCCAGGGGCUGAGGUACAGUUUCCCGGGACUGUGGAUGCGCAGCCCUUCGUGAACACAACAGACAUGGACUAUCCGCAUGGCAGUCAGGCCACCAGCACCACUGACACCGUUGAGGAGGGACCUGAUGGUCUGGAGGCCUUGAGCGUUGACACUGAAGCUUUGCCGGGAGCCGGGUUCCAGGCAGUGACUGAGGGGGAUCUGGAGGACAGCUCAGAAGACCUGCAGGCUCUGCAGUUGCCUCCUUCCCCAGAAGGCAGUGCCCCGCCCUCACCCGGCCCCCAAGGGGUGGCACUGGGCAGGAUGUUCCUAGACCCCAGGCUUUACAUGGCCAGCGAGGAGAACCCCUACAUGCGCUCCAUGACCAGUUUGCUGGGCGGAGGUGAGGGGUCCAUCAGCUCCCUGGCGGACGUCCUAGUGUGGUCUGAGGCCACUGUGGGCAUGGCCACGGCCCUCCUGGCCUCUGGCCACAGCUCUGUGACUGACCUGCUGCACAGCCCUGGGCCCAGUCUGCGCUCCGUCUCCAGCAUCCUGGGGAGAACCUUCUCCUCUGGGCUGAUGGCAGGACCCAGCCUGGCCCUGCGCUCUGUCACCCUUAUGCUGGGGAGGGUAGAGCAGAGGACCCUAGAGCACAUGCGCUCCGCCAUGCGGUUCCUGACCGCCCACUUCCUUCCCAGUCACCCCAGUCCAAACUCUGACUAG